AUGGCUGCGGUUGCACUAUCCUUUGAGGCCAUUGACGAUCUCAUCUAUUCGGCACGAGUGGGAGAUUUGCCGUCAUUACAGGCCGAUAUCGAAAACCUCAGCCGCCAGCACAACUGUUCUGCCGCAUCUAUCAUCGAGUCAGCUAUUGAUAGCGAGGACGAAAGCGAGGGCGGAACCAGAGCUUGCCUCUUACACUGGCCCGCUGCCAACGGAAAUGCCGAGAUUUUAAGAUAUCUUCUCAGUUCAAUCCAAAAGACUUCACAGCACUCCCCACUUAUCAACCACCCAAAUCAUUCCGGGAACACACCGCUCCACUGGGCCGCUCUGAACACGCAUCUUGAAUGCGUCAAAGCGCUAGUCGAAGCCGGCGCGGAUAUCGAUGGCAAAAAUGGCGCUGGGCACGACGCGGCGUUUCUUGCAGAGAGAUCGGAAUGGAGUGCUGCGACUGAAGAUGAGAAGGAAGGGGAAGGUGAUGGUGAAGAAGCUACACCGGCAGCUGCUUCGUCACAGCCCGAUCGGCCGAUGUCAAAGGCCAUGCAAGUGGUGGAGUACCUCUUGACAUAUGAAAAAGGUACAAACUCGGACCAAGGUGCUGAUACCCCAGGAUCGGGAAAUGCGGAUGCAGACGAAAUGGAAGGCGUUAUUGAGAAUGGAACUAGCUGA